UGAGAGAGUGUGUGUGUGUGUGUGUGUGUCCGCGCGCGUGUGUGCCAGUGUGCGUGUGCGUGAGAGAGAGAGAGAGAGAGAGACGCAGAGAGAAAGAGAGAUCGGACAAGCGAGCGGACUUCACACUUCCACCAAACGAGUCUAGAAGGAGAGAGAAGCGCAGCAGUUGCGAAGUGAGAGAGAGAGAGAGAGAGCAUGGAGGGGAUGAGAUCAGGACGCGUGUGGCUCGCCUGCCUUUCCUUCUUCUUCACCCUGCACGUGUGUCUGGCUUCACUGACAGUGCAGGUGAAACCUACGGUGGAUGUGAUUUUAGGUGAGACUGCGCGGAUGCCCUGCUCCUCGACCGAGAGCAAGGGCGUGGUCCAGUGGUUCAUUGAGACCACAGGAACACGGAAGCGUGUCGCUUUCAGGUCACCCACAGACCAUGCCGUUGAGAAAGACGGGCCGUUUGCAGGCCGUGUCACCAUGGAAGCUGACAUGACCCUGGUCAUCUCUUCAGUAAAGGUGUUGGAUGAAAGGAGCUUCUUCUGCCAGGUGGACGGAGGAGCCGUGGGGACCUCAGAGGCUGAAAGCAAACUCAGGGUGUUCUUGGCUCCAGCAAAGCCAGUGGUGUCUGAAAAUAAUCAUCACAUUCCUUUAACCCCAGAUAACCCAACUACACACCAGGUGGGAAAAUGCACCAGUAGUAACAGUCACCCUGAACCUCGAAUCAUCUGGUUUAAAGACUCCAAACCUCUGCCAGAUAGGACAGAUUCUAAAGAGCCAAUAUACAUGGUCCCAGGUGUAGUGAAGGAGUCCUCAGGUCUGUUCACGGUCACGAGCUCUCUGUACAUCCAACCCAACAAAACAGACGCCAAGUCAGUCUUCCAAUGCACCGUGGAGUACAGGAUGCCGAACGAUAUGAUCAAAAAGGAGAACUCGGAACCUUUCAACCUCACACUGCUCUACCCAACAGAGAAUGUGUUCUUUAAAGUGUUGAACACGUCACAAAUCAAAGAGGGAGAUGAUGUCCAUAUGAAAUGUGAAACGGAUGGAAACCCGCAGCCUCACUUCGAGUUUACUAGAGAAGAAACUAUAAAGCAGAGCGAGGAUGGAUUGUUUAUUGUGCACAAUGUCACUCGCAGUGAUUCGGGUACAUACCAGUGCGAGGCAUUGGACUUUGAUGCUACUACUGCUGAUCUGGUCAAGACUCUCGACCUCAAAGUGAAUUGGUUGGACCCGGUGUCUGUGGUGCCAGCCAGCCCUUUGAACGUUAAUAAAGGCGAUCCCAUUGAGCUUCAGUGCAGGACCAAGUCUUCUACCGAGUACACACUCUCAUGGAUGAAGAAUGGUAAGCAGCUGUCUCAAAAGGGUGGGCUGACUGUGCAGUCAGCAAAAUUGGACGAUGCUGGCGUCUAUGUGUGUAUUGCAUCAGUCCCCUCAGUGCCGGGCCUGCAGAAGCAAGCUAGUAUCGAAAUAAUCGUCUCAGGUCAGCCUGAGAUUGAUGAACCCAAACCAGUAAAUGUUAAAAGGCAGGGAGAGAUGGUCACUCUCAUGUGUUCUGCUCAAGGCCAUCCUGCUCCACAGUUCACCUGGAAACCCUCUGGCAAAGAGUCCGUAAACAUAAAUGGGAAUAAGUUCACCAGCACAGUCACCCUGGAGGCUACCGCUGCUGUUCUCAAAGAUGGCGUCACUUGUGAGGUAAACAAUGAGCACGGUUCAGACAGCAAGAAGUUCACGGUGGAAAUCCAGUCAGACAACACGGUCGAUCCGAACGGCGGUGAACGAGGAAGCCCAGAGUUUGCAACAGCUGACACUCAGGAGGGUGGCUCCAGAGGAGUGGUGGUCGCUGUAUUGGUGUGCGUGCUGCUGUUGCUCAUACUAGUGGCUGUUCUUUAUUUCCUCGGUAAGAGGGGCAGGAUGGCCUGCCGCAAGAAGGAAAAGAAGGAAGUUGCAUCCGGGGACGUGAACAAUGACAUCGUGGUGGAAAUGAAAUCUGGCGAGAAGCCCAACGAGGAGUCAGGGUUGCUUAAUAAACCCCGUGUAGAGCAGUGAUAUGAGAGAAGAAUGUGGACGAAGACAAAUCAUCUGAGGAAUUGAAGAGCAGUAGGGGUGCUUGUAAGGUUUUUUCUGUGCGAGGCACCAACCUGAAGCAGAGGAGAAGAUAUAUUUGAGCUGUAAAUUUUGUUAAGGGGCGAG